GGAAGUGACGAUAGCUAUGCGACGUGUUGCCCUAUUGACGUCAUGUGCUUGGAUGUAAUUGGGGAACACUGUUAGAGCCGGGGAAACGAAAGUAGAAACGCUGAUACCAGGGCGCUCUGUAAGGUGCUGCCGUAUACAUCUGAGACUGUUCAUUAAAACAAUUUGCAGAGGUGGGCACCUUUUAUGAAUUGUGAAGUGUCUUCCCUUCAGUAAGGUGACAUUCAGCAUGUUUAUUUGUGACAUCUGCACUCAGGAAGUGAACUCUGAAAAUGACAUGAAGACCCAUUUGCUGAUUGCUCACAUGGAGCAGGAAACAUCUUGCCCUUUUUGCCCCCUGGCUGGACUAUCUUAUGAUGAACUGAACGUCCAUGUUCACACAGCCCAUGAAGACUUAAUGGAGGCCUGGAGUGAGGAGGAGCAAAAUACAUUUGAGGGCAUCGCUGAUAACUCAGUUUCAGACAAAAGUAGUUCAGGUCAUAGAGCUUCACAAGAGUCCUACACUAGGAGCCACACAGCAUUGACUGCUGACAAGGAAAGCAGCCUUCAAAACAACCCAAAUAAUGGAUGCCCACAAUCCAACAGAAAUCAUUAUCCUUCCAAUUCUACAUCUGCACAGUCAACAAAUACUAUUGGAGAUCUUUCAAUCGGUGCUGCUUGUUCUGAGCCCUCUAUACGUAAUUUAAAUUCUGUGACACAAAUAUGUGAGGAUUCAAAUUUUGAUGUUCAUUCCCAAUCAGUUGCACCUUCCUACGACAUGGACUUUGUUCCAGAGUGCCCUUUCUGUUGUGAAGUUAAAGCCUCAAUGGAAGAACUGGAAUGUCAUGUCAGGACUGAACAUUCUGAUCUUCUGGGAACACCUAGUAAAGAUGGCAGACAGUAUGAGUGUCCAAUGUGCUCUCUUGUGUGUGCAAAUACUCGUAUAUUAGAAGAGCACGUAAACCUACAUUUGGAAGAAAGCAGUUGUGAUGAAGGAGCUUCAACUAAAGCCUCCACUGAUCAUAAUUUGGCAAGGCAGCUUCAGGAAGAGGAAGACCAUCAAAGAAGAGCUGAAGAGUCACGGCAAGAGAAGGAAGAGUUCCAGAAAUUACAGAAACUAUUUGGAUUAGACAACUCUGGAGGUUACAGGCAGCAAUCCCUACAGAAUAUGGAAAGAGCAGUGGGAAGGGGAAGGAUGCAACCCAUGGAGUUUCACUUGCACAGAGCACAGAUGAUGGAAUCUUUGGCUACUGGUGUGGAUGAUGGAAGAACAAAGACUUCAGGUGUUAUAGAAGUUCUGACUAAAUAUUAUCAUAGUGCAGCCCAUGAAGUUAGUCGAGUUUGGCUUUGCUCUCAGUUAGACCACUUCAGCAACUCUUCAGGAGAUAAAGGUUGGGGCUGUGGCUUCCGAAAUUUCCAGAUGGUUCUUUCUUCCCUUUUGCUAAAUGAAACUUACAAUAACUGCUUGCAAGCUUAUAGAUCAAUACCCUGUAUUCCAAAAAUACAGUGUAUGAUUGAAGAUGCAUGGAAGGAAGGUUUUGAUCCCCAAGGUGCUUCUCAUUUUAAUGGCAAAUUACAAGGUACCAAGGCUUGGAUUGGAGCAUGUGAAAUCUACGGUUUGCUGACAUCCCUCGAUAUAAAGUGUCGAAUUAUUGAUUUCCAUCAGCCAAGCAGUCCGUCAGGAACACAUCCUCUGUUAUUUAACUGGGUGCUGAAUUAUUAUGCUUCGGAGGGGACUGGAGUUGGCAAAGUGGUCUGUACUUCCAAGAUGCCAAUUUACUUACAACAUCAAGGUCACAGCCGAACAAUUGUGGGAAUAGAGGAACGAAAGAAUAAAACCUUGUGUCUUUUAAUCUUUGAUCCUGGAUGCUCAUCUGAAAAUAUGCAAAAGCUAUUAAAACAGAAUGUAGAUGGUGCUUCUCUUAAAGGGCUGCGAAAAUUUGUGGGGAGUCUGAAGCACAAGCAGUACCAGAUUGUAGCAGUAGAUGGACAACUCUCUCCAGGAGAAAAAGCAGUCCGUCUACAAGAAUCAAAAGUCUUCAGAGCAGAAAGGAUUCCAUAGAGAAAAUUGCAUCUCUACUAUUUCACUGUGCAAAAUUAAAAUGUAUUUAAUAUCUGACAUCUGUAUCUAUAUUUAUUAAUGAGAAACAUUGUUUUUAAAAGCAAAUGUAACUGUUCUGUUUUUGAAAAUAAUAUUAAACAUUUAUACC